CUUCUCAUUUCUGAAAAUGGAGCAGAAAUGGAGGUGCAUUGUGGUAUUAUGCAGUCUGUUAGCAGUGAAGAUGGUAGCAGGUGCAUCCAUGGAGGUCUUCAACUUCAAGAACCUCACAGUCCUACCAGGCCAACACCCUUCUCCUGAACUUGUUGCUCAACAUCUUCAAAGGAGGGUAAAUGCGUCAAUUACAAGAAGAGAGAUGCUAUCAUACGCCAACAUGGACUCAUCAACCUCCUGCCUCACCGGAAACCCCAUCGACGACUGUUGGCGGUGCGACCCCAACUGGCACCUCAACCGCCAACGUCUGGCCGAUUGCGGUAUCGGCUUCGGCCAAUAUGCCUUAGGCGGCAAAGGCGGUCGCUAUUACGUCGUCACCGACUCCUCCGACCACGACGCCGUCACUCCCACUCCGGGCACUCUCCGGUGGGCUGUCAUCCAAACUGAACCCCUCUGGAUCGUUUUUCCGACCAACAUGCACAUCCAACUCUCCCAAGAACUCAUUUUCAACAGCUUUAAAACCCUCGACGGCCGUGGAGCCAACGUCCACAUCACCGGCGGCGGCUGCAUUACACUCCAGUACAUCACAAAUGUCAUCAUCCACAACAUCCACAUCCACCAUUGCUACCAGUCGGGCAACACCAACGUCCGCUCUAGUCCGACGCAUUACGGCUACCGGACAGAAUCCGACGGCGACGGGAUAUCCAUAUUCGGAUCUCGUGACCUUUGGAUUGAUCACUGCUCGUUGUCGCAUUGCAAAGAUGGUCUCAUAGACGCCGUCAUGGGGUCCACAGGAAUCACCAUAUCGAAUAACUUCUUCUCACAUCACGACGAGGUGAUGCUGCUGGGCCACAGCGACGCUUACUUGCCGGAUUCCGGCAUGCAGGUGACCAUCGCCUUCAACCAUUUCGGAGAAAAGCUGGUGCAGCGGAUGCCACGAUGCCGGAGAGGAUAUAUACACGUCGUCAACAACGUGUACUCCCGGUGGGAGAUGUAUGCUAUCGGAGGGAGUGGAAAUCCGACGAUCAACAGUCAAGGAAACCGGUAUACUGCUCCGGCCAAUCGUAAUGCGAAGGAGGUGACGAAGAGGGUGGAAACAGCACAAGAGCAUUGGAGGGGAUGGAAUUGGAGGAGUGAAGGGGAUAUUCUGGUGAACGGAGCUUUCUUUGUGCCGUCCGGCCAAGGAUUAGAGCUCAAAUAUGAGAAAGCGUACAGUGUGGAGCCUAAGUCGGCGGCCUUGAUUGACCAACUCACCAUGAACUCCGGCGUUCUCGGUAGCAGGAGUAACAAGCUUGGGAAGUGGACGGGUGAAGGUGAAGGUGAAGAUGGCGUAGGUGAUGCUGAGAACGACUAUGGUGAAGACAGUGAUGGGUCUCCUCAGCUAAACACUUUGACUCUAGUUUCAUCUUGUUUGGUUGCAUUAUUAUCAUUCAUGUUCUUAUCUUCUUUAUGCGAUACUAUCCUGUAACCACAAAACGAUUGGGAAAAAGUUCUCCAAAUUGGUUUUGAAUUGGCAAGGAAUUUCAGAUUUCGAUUUUUAUAUA